AUGCUAGAGGGGAAGGGCAUGGCACCGACAGCUGACCUGACAGCCCUGUGCAGCCUGGGCUCCCGUCGUGCCAGUAACCACGAGAGGCAGGAGCAGCGCCAGCCCAGGCUCCUGCCCACGUUUUGCCCGGGAUGGUUCCCGGGCGAGCUGCAGCCCCGGGCAGCCAGACACGGUGUGUGGAUGAUGUGCGGGCCCCUGCGUCGCUUCAUUUACCGGCCUUCAGAGCUGUGCCUUGGCAAGGAUCGCUUGCCCAUUCCCGGUGCAGCGAUAGGUGCCUUCCUGCAGCCCCCUCCGGGCGAAAACACUCCAGGUACGGGGGGGCUGCAGGCAGUGCCGCAACUCACCAUCAAAACUCCCUUCCUACCCCAAAUACGUACAGAUCGUUUUGGGGUUUUUCUGUCCGGGUGCGGCCAGGCUGACCUGACAGCCCUGUGCAGCCUGGGCUCCCGUCGUGCCAGUAACCACGAGAGGCAGGAGCAGCGCCAGCCCAGGCUCCUGCCCACGUUUUGCCCGGGAUGGUUCCCGGGCGAGCUGCAGCCCCGGGCAGCCAGACACGGUGUGUGGAUGAUGUGCGGGCCCCUGCGGGAACCGCAUCUCCUCUGGGUUCGCUUCCUUUUCCGGCCUUCAGAGCUGUGCCUUGGCAAGGAUCGCUUGCCCAUUCCCGGUGCAGCGAUAGGUGCCUUCCUGCAGCACCCUCCGGGCGAAAACACUCCAGGUACGGGGGGGCUGCAGGCAGUGCCGCAACUCACCAUCAAAACUCCCUUCCUACCCCAAAUACGUACAGAUCGUUUUGGGGUUUUUCUGUCCGGGUGCGGCCAGCUUUUAGAGGCUGCCUGUGAAGAGAAGCCUGCCGGGAGAGAAGGGCCCUCCAAAAGAACCGGCACCCUCACCGAGGACCUUCAUUUAUCUGUUGCUGUACCCAAAGUUCCCUCUUCACCAAGACAUGAAUUUCCUGCAGACUGGAGUGUUAAAACACGACUUCUAUUUAUGUCCUCCCAACCCUUUACCUGGGCAGAACAUUUAAAAGCACAAGAGGAAGCUCAGGGAUUUGCUCAGCAUUGCAGAGCUGUAGAAACCAACUUGCCCCAGAGUGUACAGGAACCAAAGCUGUCCACAGAACUGCGUUGUGCCUUUCAGCAAAGCCUUGUUUACUGGCUUCACCCUUCACUGCCCUGGUUGCAGCUGUUCCCUCGGAUUGGAGCAGACAGAAAAAUAGCUGGAAAGGCUAGUCCUUGGUCACAGGAUGAAGCCUUGCAGCAAGUGCUAAUGAGUGACUGGUCUGUCAGCUUUACUUCUCUGUACAAUCUGCUCAAAGCCAAACUGUGUCCCUACUUCUACGUUUGCACCUACCAGUUUACUGUCCUGUUCCGUGCAGCUGGUCUUGCAGGAAGUGACAUGAUCACGGCUGUAAUUUCUCCCACAACUAGAGGUUUAAGGGAAGCCAUGAGAAAUGAAGGCAUAGAGUUUUCUUUACCUUUAGUAGAAGAAAGAAACAGAAAACAGAAAAACUCUGAAGGGAAUUUUGAAACAGAAGUUACCAACAGUCUUGAAGUGGGCAACUGCAUGGAAGAUGGAGAGGAAGCAGCUCCAAGUGAUGAUGACGAUGAUGAAAGUUUCUCUUGGCUUGAGGAAAUGGGAGUCCAAGAUAAGGUUAAGAAACCAGAUACUAUUUCUAUUCAACUCCGUAAGGAGAAGCACGAAGUGCAGGUGGAUCAUAAACCUGAAUCCCUUGCAUUAGUGAGAGGAACAAACACAUUUACCUUGCUGAACUUCUUGAUAAACUGUAAGAGCCUAGUGGCUGCUGCAGGUCCACAAGCAGGGCUGCCACCAACUUUGUUGUCCCCUGUCGCUUUCAGAGGCGGAACAAUGCAGACACUCAAAGCUCGAAGUAUAAAUGCCAAAGCCAGGGUCCACUUGGCAUAUGAGAAUAUAUUCAGUUUGGAGAUCGUAGGCCCUGUCAUGCCUCAUUCCCUGCAUUCACUGACAAUGCUGCUCAAGUCUGCACAGAGGGGAGCAUUCUCUGCAGUACUAUACACACAUGAGCCAACUGCUGUGUUUAACACUUGUCUUGAUAAUGCAAACCCUGCCUUAAAUAAGGAAACCGUAUGCAAAGAUCUUCCUAUGUGUGGUCUGCAUCCUGAGACUUUGGAUCAACUGAGUCAGUGUCCGACGUUGGGAAAAUCUUCCAUCAGAUUUCUGGAAAUGAAGGAUUAUGCUUACACCUGGAAGUCCUAG